GGUGCAGUGGGAUCCAGCAGGCAGAUCCCUGUGGCAGGCAGAGGGGAAGGUGCCACCUCCCAAGACAGCUUGAGUCAUUGGCAAGGAGUCUUUGAGGCUGCAGAGAUGGAGGUCAGAGAUGGGAGGAGCCUCUGGCUGCUGCUGCUGGCCCUGGCCCUGGUCCUGGCAGCCACACAGAACUACUUCCAGGGGUGGCCAGGCUUCGAGGAGAAGCCCAUGAGCAAGGAAAACAUGAACUCGACUCUGGACUUCUUCAUCCAGUCCUACAACAACGCCAGCAACGACACCUACUUAUUCCGGGUCCAGAAGCUCAUCCGCACUCAGGUGCAGUUGACAACAGGUGUGGAGUACCUGGUCACUGUGAGGAUAGGCAGGACCACGUGCACGAGGACAGACCCGGCCCGAAGCAGUGCCUCCUGCCCCCUGCAGGACAAGAAGCUGAAGAAGAGCCUGGUCUGUGAGUCACUGAUCUACACUGUACCCUGGCUAAACUAUUUCCAGCUCUGGAACAACUCCUGCCUGGAGGGCUGAGCGCUCAGGAAACCUGUGGGACCUCAAAUGGCUGCACUGGGCACCAGCCGUGAUAAAGUUCUGC